AUGAAUAAUGAGGAUUUGAAGUUAAAAUACUUACCAAGUUCUCUUACAAAAAACAAGUUCACAUGGUUUAGACUGUUGAAAGCGCGAUGCUUUACUCAAGUCCAUAAGCAUGAGUUAGUUGAGAUAGCGGUUGGGGGUUUAGAUUAUUCUAUAAGGAAAAAACGGGAUACUCAGUAUCUUAGAGAUAUGACAGAAUUGACUGACAGUGUUCGACGUAUCGAACGCCUGAAAGCUGAGAAGAGCAAAAUUGGUCGAUAUCAUAAGAAAGAAAAAGUAUCCUAUAUCGCAGUCGAAGGAUGCUCUUCCGACGAUGAAGAGUUAACCGACAGAAGCGAGGUUAACAUGGCGGAACUUAAGCUCGGACCUCCAUAUACGUGUAAGGUUUUAAAGCCCUCGAAUGGGAAAAACCCCACCGAAGCUGAAAAAACAGAUAAAUACGUAGCUAAGACUUACACGUUCGACGUGUCUAAGUGCGACGAGAUUUUCGAUUUAUUAGUUAAAGACGGUAAAAUUAUCGUCCCUCAAGGUUUAAAGGAUCCCCCUCUAGAACAAAAGAAGAAAAAUGGAUUUUGUAAAUUUCAUAAUUUCCUUGGUCAUAAAACUCAUCAGUAUGUUCUUUUCAGGGAUUUGGUGCAAAAGGCUUUGAAAGAAUGA